GUGAAGCGCAGCUUUAAUGAGAAAGGGAGUGAGUUUAUAUACAGUUUUAUGCACACGCAUUUUUCUUAAGUUAAUUAUUCCUAGAGAGAGAAGAGAGAGUCCUUACCGGAAAUGGAAGCAGAAGAUGGGCCGUUUAAGAAACAAGGAUCCGUUCCAUUCAAAUGGGAGAUCCGACCCGGUGAGCCCCGGAGCAAGAACGAUCCGUUUUGCCCGGAACUUGACCGGAAGAAGCCGCCGGUGACCAACCGGAGCCGCUCCGAUUUACACACGCCUAAGAUGCUCCGACCUCCGCCCGCCGGCCGCCUUUACUACCAGCCCGCUCCUGCCGCCGAGCCGCGCACCCGCUCUUUCAAAUCCGCCCCAUGCCCUGCCCGGCAAGAGCGUUGCGGGUCGAGCACCGCCCGUGCCCGACCCGUAGCUGCGGUGUCUUCGGACGGGUGCCUCCCGUUCCCGUCGUUGCUGAGGUGCGCGACGGGCGGGAAGGAGAGGAGCACGGCGAAGCCCCGACGGCCGGAGUACUUCUCCGACGUCGAGACGCCGUCGAGACGGUCCGUUUCGAGUUUCAAGUCCCUUUCCCAUUUCACCGAGUCGCCCGUGUCCUCGUAUUUCUCGUCGAGCGGGUCCUCCCCGCCCCGCCCCGUGAGCCGGGCCGAGUUCCCAGGGUUUCCUCCGUUAAUGGUGUCCGGAGGGCGUAGUUCAAGUGAUCAAUAUGGUGUGCAAUAGGACGCUCUGGCCGGGUCCCACUCCCGAUAAAGACAGUGCGUGCGUGACGUUUAUGUUUUGCAUAAGGUUAAUUCGGAGAUCGAGAACCUUCGGGGUAUGGGGCGCAUCCUUUUUUCAAGUAAGAAAUGGAAAAUGUCAUU